CUAUGCAAGAAGUUUACGAAGAAUACCGGAUCAAAGUUUGUUCUAUAAAAGCUCGGGGCUUCAACUUUGUGGAAAUGUGGUCAUGCCAGUGGCGCGAGCAGUUAAAAGAUCCAAGCAUUCGGCAGUAUAUGAACGAUAUGUCCCUCCGCAGUCCUCUUCAACCAAAAGAAGCAUUUAAAGGCGGCCGUACUAACGCAAACAGGCUACUUUACGAAUGCGGUCCGAAUGAGAAGAUCCAUCACUAUGAUAUCGUCUCUUUGUAUUCUUAUGUCAACAAGAAUUGUGUGUAUCCAAUCGGGCAUCCGAAAAUUAUAACAGCAGACUUUAAGGAUAUAAGCGAAUAUUUUGGAUUUGUAAAGUGUACAGUGCUUGCGCCGGGACAGUGCUUAUUUCCUGUUUUGCCUGCAACUAUAAAUGGAAAGUUAAUCUUCGCACUCUGCAGUAAAUGUGCAGAGCUUCGGCAAAACGAUUUUUGCACGCAUGGCGACAAGGAGCGAUUGCUGGAAGGUGUGUGGACUACUCCCGAACUGCAUCAUGCGAUUUUACGUGGGUACAAAGUUGUUGCUGUUCAUGAAGUCUGGCAUUGGGAAAUACGGAAAGAAAAAUUGUUUGAAGACUUUGUUAACACAUUCCUCAAAGAAAAAAUUCAGGCAAGUGGAUGGCCAAGUAACUGCACCACUGAAGCGGAACGGUUGGAGUUUGUCAUAAAAGUGAAGGACGUGGAAGGUAUUGAACUGGAUUCCUCGCAAAUCGAAGACAAUCCAGGCCGAAAAGCAGUUGCAAAGUUGAUGCUGAACUCAUUCUGGGGCAAAUUCGGACAAAAUGACAAUCUUCAUCAGACGAAAAUUUUCUUCAAGCCGAAAGAUUACUAUGACUUCCUCGUAUCAAAAUCUACCUGGAUCCACAAUGUCCAUAUCUUCAGUCCUGAAUGUGUCAUGGCAACUAUUUCCAAAAUCGACGACUAUCUAGAAGGAUCGUACACCGCCAAUAUCCCUAUCGCAGCCUUUACGACGAGUUAUGCCCGGCUGAAACGUUUGGAUAUGCUUGAGAAGUUAGGUGAACGAGUACUUUAUUUUGACACAGAUUCCGUUAUUUUUGUUCAGCGGUCAGGCGAGUGGCAGCCACCAACAGGUACGAUGCUUGGAGAAUGGAGCAAUCAGUUAGAAUCGGGAGAGAGUCAUAUUGUCAAGUUUAUUUCUCUGGGGCCCAAAGUUUAUUAUUACGAAACAGAUACAGGAAGGAUAGAAAGUAAAAUUAAAGGCUUUACUCAAAAUGGAUAUACGGAGAAUAUCCUAGCCGAUUCUGGGGAAGGGCUGGUUCAAACAGGCCAGAGUAUGGACUACAACCUUUGGAAAUCGCUCUUGAAGAAUGAUGGCCAAACGGUGCGCGUUGUCUAUCCCGAAACCAUCAAAAGAAAUGUCAACACUCAUGAAAUCAGCACCGUUCAACUGACGAAAACUCUCAGGCGAGUAUACGAUAAACGGAUGCUGUUGGAUGAUUAUAGUACUUUACCGUUUGGAACUCGCAUGGACUAGCGCGCCAUAUUCGAAGGGAUGCGCAGGGACAUGAUGUCGUUG